AUUUUCUAUCAGAUAUGUCCGACGAUGAACAUGAAGACAGCACCGUUCGGAGACACUGUUUCUUUCAGCCCGUGACCCAUUGCAUUUUUGAAUUGGAUGGCCUGCUGAUCGACAGCGAACGGCUGAGAACCAAUUCGGUUCAGAAGAUUCUGGAUCCUUUUGGCCACACCUAUAGCUUUGACAUAAAGCUACGUUGCAUGGGUAAGCCGGAAUCGGAUCUGGCCGACGUAGUGGUGAGCACUUUCAACCUGCCCAUCGGACGGACGGAGUUCGAAAGUCAACACGAACUCCAAUGUCGUGGCAAUCUGGGCAAAAUCAAUUUAAUGCCUGGUGUGGAAAGGCUGUUGAGACAUCUUCAUGAGUCCAAUGUUCCCAUGGCCAUAGGAAGUAACAGCUCGCGGGACUCAUUUCGGAUCAAAACCCGUCGCCAUUCCAGACUCUUCGACGCCGUUUUCCACCACGUGGUUUUGAGCGGCUCCGACGGCGAGGUCAAACAGGCUAAACCAUCUCCAGACGUUUUCCUCGCAGCCGCCUCAAGAUUCGAGGAUCCUCCUGAGCCGGGGAAAUGUCUUGUUUUCGAGUCCUCACUGCCGGGCAUGGAGGCGGCUCUGGCCGCUGGAAUGCAAGUGGUUCUGGUCCCGGAUCCUUUGGUCUCCGUUCGAAUGAGUGCUGCGGCCACCUUAAGACUUCGGUCGUUGGAGGACUUUAAGCCACAGUAUUUCGGACUUCCAGCACUAUAGGUUUCUUUUAAUAUUUGAAUAAAUUUUCAGUAUAUUUUUAAGAUU